UUAGAAAAAGGAACCCUCAAGAGACCUGUAGUUUAUAAGAGGCUCGCUCGCUCUCUCUCUCUCUCUCUCUCUCUCUCUCUCUCCCUUUUUCUUCGGGGGUUUGGAUUCGGAAUCUAUACUCUUUAAAAACCUUACAGAAUUCAUUUUAAUGGAUACAUUGUCUUUUGAUUCAAUCUUAUUCUUGUUGUUCUUUCGGCGAUCUUUGAUAUUGAUUCGGUUUUGUUUGGUCCAUUUCUUGUUCUCAAAAUCUUCGCGCUGUUUUCAGUUUUUUAGUCAACGUUGACGUAAUUUGACAAUUGAAGGAGAGAGGAGUAAUUUGACGAUUGAAGGAGGGAGCCGCCUAACAUGGGGAAGCGUAGUUCUCAACGUAGGAGUGCUGCGAUGUUGGAUAGUGAGGAUGACAAUAGUAGUGUGAGUUCGUGUACAAGUAUGCGUUCUGAUAAUGUAUUGGCUACUGAAGAAGUUCAACUGGAUAAGGAUACUUUACUGGAUCAGGCUGUUGAUGCUUUAUACGAGAAAAGGGCUUCUACAAGGGAGAAAGCUUUGUCAUUUAUCAUCGAGGCUUUCAGCAACAAUGUGCAACAUCAGUUUGUGGAGAAGAAAUUUGCUACUUUACUCCAUCAAUGCCUGAAUUCCAUCAAACGGGGAUCUAGCACUGAGAUAUCUUUAGCAUCUCAUGCCAUUGGAUUGUUGGCUUUGACUGUCGGUCCUGGGGACAAUGCCCAUGAAAUAUUGGAAGAAUCAGUUACUCCUAUUACCCAAUCGCUUAAAUCUGGGUCUGAGUCCUCAAAGAUAGCAUCAUUACUGGAGUGUUUGGCUAUCAUCACAUUUGUUGGUGCCAAUGAUCCUGAGGAAACAGAAAAAUCAAUUCAGAUUAUAUGGCAACUAGUUCAUCCCAAACAGGGUUCUAAUGUUGUUCCUGUCAAACGUUCAGCGGCAGUUAUAACAGCAUUAGUGUCUUCUUGGGCAUUUUUGCUGACGACCAUGGAUGAAUGGAUGCUGAGCCCCAAAAAUUGGCGAGAGUCAAUUUCAUAUUUUAUUAGUCUUUUGGAAAAGGAUGACCGAUCUGUACGUAUUGCUGCUGGUGAAGCGUUGGUCCUGAUCUUUGAGAUAUGUAGUCUGGAGAAGUUAUCUGCUCAAGAUAAAGGUUCUAAUGAUGGUUCAAGUCCAGAAAGAAAUAAAUCUCAGGAAGGAUGGAUGCAUAUACAAGGGCUUAAGACGAAAUUUCUUAAUCAAGUUAGAUACCUCUCUACAGAGGCUGGUGGUAGAGGUUCUACUAAGAAAGAUCUUAACAGCCAGCGGAAUCUAUUUAAGGAUAUUUUGGAGUUUCUUGAGGAUGGCUAUAGUCCUGAAACCUCAAUGAAGAUCGGUGGAGAAUCAUUGUCCACAUCGACAUGGUCGCAAAUGAUACAGCUGAACUUCCUGAAGCGUUUUCUUGGUGGCGGAUUUGUUAACCACAUGCAGGAAAAUGAAUACCUUCAGGAUGUUUUGGGGUUCACUUCAAAGCGAAAGAAUAUUCCUGGUGCUGAACAUCGAUUGUCUAGUACUGAAAAGAGGAUGCUUCGAUCAUCAAAUUCAUGCCUCAACAAGGCAAGAACUCAGUUGCUGAAUAAGCAGCGGAUGUUAGUACAGGGUAGAAAUGCUGGUCACUUCGCAGUCAAUAUGAAUGACGAGGAGCUAUAGAGAUGAUGUACUGAUUGUGUCUCCCCAGCUUCUUCAUGUAUUAAAAUUGUAUGGGAUUAAAUAGGAAUCAUUUUGUCAAACAUCGAUUGUCGAUGGAAACAUUGAAAUGGAAGGUUGUUAAAAACUUAGUAAUUAAAUUUGUUAGUGUUCUUUGUGCUUACCAAAAGCACCUGAUAAUAAAUUUCUGAGAAUUUUAUCAAAA